AUGCUGUGCAGAAACACCAGUUACUGGUGGCUUAUUGAUUCUGAGAAUUCUCAAUGCUCCAUUCAAUUCGAUACAGUGUUGUUUGGUGGAACACUGAAUGCAGUCGUAGGCUGGCGCGGCGCGAAAAUGAAAAACGAGCCGAGUGCGCAGGCGUACAGAAAUAGAGCGUCGCGUCGCCCGUACCAAUGUCGAGGUGAUCGUUCCCUGCAUUGUCUACGCCUGCCCCCGUCGGCCGCUGAC